CAACCUGUCAGUUGUUUGUGAGUCAGUAGGGAGGGCGGUCGUUCCUUCGUCUCUCGUGGAUAUUCUACCACAUUUGUUAAAAAUCACCUUACUUAAUUAACUGUAUUCAAUAAUGAGAGUAUAGUGACUGUGCCCAAAGUAGUCACAAUGAAACCCUACAUGUUAAAACUGCCCAAGGGAAGCACACUUGUAAUAUUGUUCUGUUUUGUCGGGCUGAUAUGUGGAGUUGUUCCCACAACGGCACCAAGUACCAAAUACCAACUCACAGACAAAGGUUGUGUAGUUGUGGAUGAGCUGUGCUUAGUUCCUGAAGAGAUACCGAAUUAUGAGGCUAUCAAGAGUCUUCACUCCCAGUUAGAUGACGACCACAGUGGUGACAUCGAUGUGGCAGAGUCUGUUGAUUUUCUGAAGGAAGAGCUCCAGUAUGCUAAAGGCUAUGAGAAACGUCAGAAAGUCUUCCAUUACAACAAUGAUCAAUAUAUAUCUGUCCGUGAACUUUGGCACAUAUGGAAAAAGUCAGAGGUCCACAAUUGGACGGUGGAUCAGACUGUGGCUUGGCUUGCAGAAUCUGUUGAACUUCAGCAGUAUGCCAGAAACUUCUAUGAAAAUGCAGUCAAUGGAUCAGUUUUGCCAAGUACUGUUCUCAGCGUGAUUUCUACCCGUACCGAAAGAAGAAAUUCAAGGUAUAUAAUAGAAAGGUUGGCGGCUAACAAUGAGCAGUUUCUGACGAAGGUGCUGGGAAUCAAAGACCCAAAACAUCGGUCCAAGAUUACCAUUAAGGCUAUGGAUGUGGUUCUUUUUGGUCCGCCUAAAGAUACAGGAAGUCAUGUGAAGGAUCUUGUUCUUGUGUCACUUCUCACUUUGGCACUAAUUGGUUGCUUCAAGGCCUACCAGCGUAACCGAGAGUAUGAAGGACAAUUAAGUGACAUGUUGAGGGACAUGGAAAAGUUGCGGGAAGCUGAAGAAAACCUGCAGCAACUUGAGUUAAAGAUGAAUGCUAAAGCUAACAACAGUGAAAAUGCCACAACAAAAAGUGACAACGGAAAUCGUGAUGAAGAGGUUCAGCAGCUCAAACUUCAAUUAGAGACUGUGGAACAGAACUCUUCUCCAGGCUGAGGGACUGACAACCUCAAGUCUACAUCUUCAAGGGUGAUAGACUGAUUACAUCAUCUUCACAUCUCUACUGCUCCUGCCUACUUUCUGUACUCAACUGAAGAAGCCUAC